ACCGAUAUGACAAAACUCUGCCGUUUUUUUCAUCCUCUCGGAGACAGAGAGAACCCGACGAGUAUGAUGAGAUUCCUUUUUGUUAACAAGAAGAAAGAAAAAAAGGAGGUCGAAGAAGAAGAAGAUCGAGGACUAAGGGAUUGGAAAUUAGCAGCAAGAAACCCUAAUUAUUUCUGUUGCGAUCAUGAUGAGACCCGUCGUCGUCAUAGCCCAGUAUUUUCGCCGAGGGAAAUCACUUGGGUAUCGCCAGUCCCGCGAUUUUUCUUCCUUGCGUACUCGUGAUCCCCUUGGGAAUACUAAUAGGGAGCUAUUUGCCGCGGUUAUGAGGGGUCAUCUUCUUGAUAUUGUUGUUGGAGCGACUUGCGGAACUGGUCUUGCUGCUCUUGUAUUUGGGUAUUCAGGAGGAGAGCGUGAGAAAAUGGAACAGGAAUGGAAGCAGAAGCAGCUCUACAUUGAUGAUCUUGAAAGGAGGAUGGAGGAGAAAUUUAAGAUUUUAUUUCUCAAGACCGUUAUCAUGGCAGACUGACAUAGGAUGUCAUGUGUAAUAUUUUAUGUGUUUUUUCGAUUUGCGUAUUUGUGUUUCGUUUAUGAAUAUGAUGUAGCUGCUGCGCUAGUGGAGUAAUAAUGGGGUUUACCAAUAAAAUCUGGAGAUGUAAGGGUUUUGGCAAAUACUUCUUUUCAUUUUGUGAAGAAUGAGUGGUCUCCUGAAAUUCGUCUGCAUGCUUUUAAGAUGCUUCAGCAUCUGGUCAGACUACGAUGGGACGAAUUAAGUCCUCCGGAGUGCAGGGAUCUUGUUAAUGUUUCUGUUGAACUAAUGUCAGAGGUUGCUAAUGCAUGCGAGAAUUGGCCUCUUAAGAGUCAGUCAGCUGCCCUUGUAGCUGAGAUAGUUAGAAGACAAGGACCUGAUCUUUGGCAAGAGAUAUUUACAUUAUUGACUUCCUUGUCUGCUCAGGGCCCCGUGCAAGCUGAAUUGGUCUUGAUGACGCUGAGAUGGCUUCCUGAAGAUAUUACAAUUCACAAUGACGACUUGGAAGGUGACAGGCGUAGGCUAUUGUUGCGGGGACUUGCUCAAUCUUUGCCUGAGAUUUUGCCUUUAUUGUAUAAUCUUCUUGAGAGACACUUUGGAGCUGCAAUAAGUGAAGCUGGUAGGCAACACGUUGACCUGGCAAAACAGCAUGCAAAUGUGGUUAUAGCUUGCUUGAAUGCCAUCGUUGCAUAUGCUGAUUGGGCUCCUGUUCCAGACCUUGCCAAAUAUGGAUUUCUUAGUGGGUGCAGCUUCUUACUUUCUUCUCCCGACUUCCGUCUUCAUGCUUGUGAGAUUUUCAAACUAGUCUGCUCUAGAAAAAGACCCAGUGAUGCUUCUACCGCAGAGUUCGAUUCUGCAAUUAGCAAUUUGUUUCAGAUCCUGACGAACGUCUCCAGAGAAUUUUUAUUCAGAUCCUCUUCAAGUUCUAGCGAUUUAGAUGAAAAUGAUUAUGAUUUUGCAAAAUGCAUGUGUGAAAGUAUGGCCUCUUCAGGCUCAACUAACUUGCAAUGCAUCUCUUCUGAUGGUGGUGUUAUGGCUCUUUACCUUCAGCAGAUGCUUGGCUUCUUCCAACACUUCAAGUUAGGCCUUCACUUCGAGGCACUUCUCUUUUGGCUGUCAUUGAUGCGGGAUUUACUUCCAAAGCCCAAGGCUGCGACUUAUCCAACUGGUGAGGGAUCAUCAACUGGCGGUGUGGUUAGUUCAAGCCAGGUUGAUAGUGAAAAGAAAAAAGACUUUUUAGUCUUAUUAAUGAUGAUAUCUCUAGCAGUCUACUGGAUGUAUCUUUCCAGCGGAUGUCCAAGAAAGAAAAUGUUCCUCCUGGUGUUACUGUUUCGAUUGGGCCCCUGGAACUCUGGAGUGAUGAAUUUGAAGGGAAGGGAGGAUUUGGCCCGUACCGAUCAAAGCUGCUAGAAUUGAUCAAGCAUACUGCUUCUCACAAGCCUCUCGUCGCCAGUACCAAAGUAUCCGAAAGGGUGAUUACAUUCAUUAAGCACCUAUUGGCUUCUCCAGCACCCCUUCAGGAUGUAGCAGUGGUGGACAGCCAGCAAUUAGCACUUGAUUGUAUUGUGGCAACGAUUUUUGAUGGAUCAAAUGAGUUUGCUGGGGGAAGUUUUGAAGUUCAUUAUGCAUUACGUGGAAUAUACGAGGGUAUAUUGCAGCAUAUUCAAAUUUCCAAGGUUUUGGUUACUGCGAGGAUUUGAAGUUCAUUAUACUUGGUUUUCCGUUAUAUGCAUCAUGAUUUAGCUGGUCUUGCUGCAAGUCCUGACAUCAAAUUCACCGAGCAACAGGUCAAAUGCUAUAUGAAGCAACUACUCUCGGGGGCUCGAGCAUUGCCAUAGCCGAGGAGUUCUUCACCGUGAUAUUAAAGGAUCAAACCUUCUUAUAGAUGAUGGAGGAGUUCUUAGAAUAGGCGAUUUCGGGCUUGCAACGUUUUUUGAUGCGAGUAAGAGGCAACAGAUGACGAAUCGGGUUGUUACUUUAUGUUACAGAGCACCAGAGCUUCUUCUUCAUGGUGUUAUUGAGUACAGUGUUGGUAUUGAUUUAUGGAGCGCCGGUUGCAUUUUAGCUGAGUAAUUAGCUGGUAGACCGAUUAUGCCAGGUCGUAAUGAGGUUGAGCAGUUGCAUAGGAUAUAUAAGUUAUGUGGAUCACCUUCGGAAGAGUACUGGAAGAAGAUUAGGCUCCCAUCUACUCAUAAGCAUGCUCAUCACAAGCCUUUACCGCAGUAUAAGAGAAAAUUAAGAGAGGUUUACAAAGAUUUUCUCUCCUGAGGCGCUUUCUCUACUCGAUACGCUUAUAUCGCUCGAUCCAGCUCCAGAUGCGUUGAUGAGUGAUUUCUUCACGACGGAGCCAUUGGCAUGUCAACCUUCUGAUCUCCCGAAAUAUCCUCCAAGUAAAGAGAUUGAUGCCAAGAGACGAGA